AUGGCCGCGAAGUCGGAUGGAGUUGGGUACGGCGGCGGCGGUGGUGGUUGUGGCGGCGGCGGCUGCGGCGGUAUUAUCGGAGGAUCGGGUAGCGGCGGCGGCGGCGGCGUCAUUGCCGUGGGAGGACGAGGGGGAUUAGGAGGCAUUGGGGGAGGCGGCGGCGGCAGCAGCAACAAAGGCGGCGGCGGUGGUCGGGCUGGCUUCUCGCAGCUUCACAACCCCAACUCUGGCGCUGUCCGUGGUGCUGGAUUAGCUGCUGCUGCUGGAUGUGGCGGCGGCGGCGGCGCCACGGACUCCCAGCACCACCAGGGCAGCAGCGCGUUCCACAUGUGCCACUGCUGCGACUCGCUCUCCUGUUAUUGCGGCUGCGAGAGCGAAUGCCUGCGCUCGUUGCUCAGGCGCCGGCUCGGCCUUCGCCGUGGCCGCCGCCGUGCUGCUGCUGCUGCCGGCGGCGGCGGCGAUGGAGCUGCCGACUUUGACCCCGACGCCGCCGGCGACGUCGAGGACGACACCUGCUCGACCGCCGAGGAUUUCGCCUGGGUGGUAACGGCCGUGCUGGUGCUCUUGUCGGAUGUUGGCACUGACCUGUGGCUGGCCGCCGACUAUUAUGCCCGCCGGGACGUGUGGUGGUUCGGACUCACUCUCUUCUUGGUGCUAGCCCCGUCGCUCGCCGUGCAGGCGGUCAGCUUCAGGUGGUUCGUGCUGGACUACGCGGCGGCGGGACUCUCCGUGGGGCUCGGCACGGCCAGGUCGAGGAGGCCAAGCCAUCUGGUGUGCCGAGUGUGCCUCUGGGCCUGGCAGAGUGUGCUGCACAUACUGCAGCUCGGACAAGUGUGGAGGCCUUAUUACUUUAUCACAUGCAACACCAUUUUUCGACUAGUAACACAUCAAUCGACUUGGAAGUACCGGAUCAACCACUAAAAGAAGCCGGCGAUGUCGCUACACAAACCUCCACAUCUGAACAGGGUACAUUUCAUAAUUGAUACGCAGGUAAUUUUUAACUUCCCAUCGCUAUGGAUGGUGACUGCUACUUUCACGAUUAAGACAACGUUGACCGAUGAUAGUGACAAAGAAUGUUUGAGAUGUAGUUGGAUACCAGGUUAUACUGUCACGUAACUCUAAAUGAGGAUGCCUGUUUUGUUACAGAGCAUUGUUGGACCUCUUAUGGCGAUAAAAGGCUGAGCUUGGUUCGGACUAAAGUUGUGGUUUGUUUUCAGCUACUCAUUCAACAUUUAAAGCCAUUUAAAACCAUCUUGAUUAUCAAACCAGCUUGGGCUUAUUUGCAACCUUACCUUAUUGGACUCGUCUUACUGUAACAAUAUAUCUAGGGACACGUAAUAAAAAGCCAUGGUGGUUUUGAUGCUAAUGGUAGAUAGGUUUGAACUGGAAAAAUACAUCAUGUGACUUUUUAGUUCAACCUGCACCGUGUAACUCCUCUGUUCCCUCACCUUUCAUAAUGCUUUUGAGAGCCACCCUUUCUGGAGUAAUGAACGUCACUUGUCAUUAUUGCAUGCCCUCCCUCUACCGUUCAAUCAUGAUUCGUAUCAACAUUGUAAAAAAAACGAGAAGCACAAUAAUGGUGGAAGUUAAUCUUAAUUAAGAGAGUGGUGUGAUAGCACAGCGACUCUGUGCACUUCGCUAUGGAGCCAGCCACUUAAGUUUGAUUCCCAGCCAUGGUUAAUAUCCAUGGUGGGUAAGAUCUGAACUAGUCCAGGCUCACCCCCCUCACCGAUCUGGAAUGAUAAGAAUGGUCAAGCAACACCUGUGACCGACAUGGCAUGGGAAGGUCUUCAUUGUGAAGUGGAAUAACACUGCACUGUCAUUUAUUUUAAUCGUAAGAAUAUAAUUGCCAAACUGUAUGUUGUUGUUUUUUUGCACGUACAUUGACGAUAUCAGGGAUUGUUUCGCUAUCAGGGAUUGUUUCACUAUCAGAAAAUGCACUUUACAUUCAAAAUAUGUUAUCAAGCCCUCCUGAGUGUCCGAUACCUGCGAAACCCCGGUUUGAUUUUUUUUUAAGUAUGAGUAACAAAUAAUAAAAAAACAUGUAAAAUGAAUUUUGAAUUUCUACCAUUUCAAUGCAGUUGUCAUCCAUCCAAAGACGAAAGGCGCAUCACGAGCAAAAGUUGCAUCCUCUAUAUUGUGGCAGUGGUUUGCAAAGAAUUCAGUUUGUCCGAUUGAUUCCAUUGUGCGCUCAACCAUAUAUGUGAUGGUUUAAAACUGACAGCUGUUAUGAUAUUUUUGGACAGCUCUUUUACAGGAUUUAAACCUACAGUAUUUUAUACAUUUUAAGGCAACUAAUCCUUGGAAAAUGCGCAUUUAGAUGGCCUUAAUUUUUUUUCAUGCAUCAACAUUUGACAUUCUCCAGGUGGUCUGGUAAUUACCGUUGCUAAAUGAUUAGAAUGGAGCCACUUGGAUAUUAACCAGCAGUGACAAGUGGAGUUGUGUAAUUGCCAUAUGCCAAGUAUUAUUUAUCAGGCAAACACAUUUAAUGGACAAUGCUAUUCCCUUUGGUCACCUAUGUAACUGCAUUGUCAUGGUUGGGUUUUCAUAGAAAAGAACUUGAUUUCUGGCUGUAAAGAAUCAUUUUUUGCAUCAAUAAUUGUGCAGUUAUAUUGGACAAGACUAUUUAGUUGUUUUUGACGGAAGUACUUUAUUUUCAUUUAAUUAAAAUUGUGAUGGUUUUACCACAUGGAUACGCCGUUACAAUAUAUACACAGGUAUUUAGGUUCACAAUCCUGUGCUUUUAUUUCAAGAUAGAAAUUCAACCGAAUGCAAUGUCUAAGACUGGUACCAUGCAAGUGUUAUCUGAUUUAAAACAACCAAAAAUCCUAAAAUCAUUAGCCCAUCAGUUACAUAACAAUUCAAAUAUUUUUGUAUCCCUGCUAUUGGAGGGCUCCAGUUAUGAAACAGUUGUUCGGCUGCUGCUGCUAACACUCAUGAAGAGAGCAGUCUGAAGACACGUCUAAACUCAGAUUAACUGCUUGCCCUGUCUCACGGUUCCCCAGCCAGCCUGCCUGCCAGCCGGGCCCGGCACUGGAGCCAUGACAGAGUUGCAUAAUUGGUGUCGUUGAAAUUCCGGGCAUGGCUUUGCGAGCUGGCGCGCGUUGUACAGGCGGAGCAAGUCGCCUGAACUCGAGGUUGAAUGGGCCGCCUUCAGCCCGGGUGACUGCUACGAACAGUAACAUUGGAGCAGCACCUGCUGUCUUUGUCUCAUCGCCGGCUGUCUGUUGAGUGCAGACACUGUGUCCAACAAAUCCCUAAUUUCGAUCGCAUGUAUUAUCCCUCCAAUGAAUAGUGAAGGACAUACUGGCACAUUUAUGCCUAACACUUCUGAUAUUUUUGUUGUUUCAAUAAUGAAAUAUAUUGCAAUAAUCUAUUGUAAUGAAAUGCACAUGGAACUUUAUAUUUCUUUAACAAAACGACAAUUGCCAUGUGUAUCGUGCAUAACAUUGACAUUCGCAAAGUGCGCAAAAGAAUUAAAGCAAUAACCUUGCACAAUAGUAUCGAACCCUGUAGGUUUUUUUGUCGUUACAUACUAUUUGUUUUUAUUGCAAUAAGAAAAAAAAAGCUAAAAGUGAUUGAGAACUCUACUGUUUGAUUUACUUAAAUCAUAACUGCACUUGCAAUAUGUCUAAUUGUGCAUCCAUGGCUUUUGCCUGUACCCUGAUGUAUAUUUUCAGAUUUUGAUCACCUUAGUGCAGUGCUGUGCUGCAUCGCAUUUCAUCCUGCUUUUGAAUGGGUACAAUUGUUGGUCACGUUUAUUGCUCGGAUAUCUCCAAACAUAAUUGACCAACGUAACGAAUAUUUUUGGGGGAAACAAUGAGAAAAAAAUGGUACAUUGUUUUGGUGCACAUCUGUUUGUAUGAGCGCGAAGCUUAGUGUAGCAGUAGUGUACUGGUUAGCACACUGUGUUCCGAACCCGGAAAUCUGCGUUCAAUUCCCGUUCGCGGCCAACACCGAUGACGAAUAUAUGAAGCAGUCCUGGGCUUCACCUAGGUCAACACAGCCUUCUGGUGAGACACUGCUUAACCAAUACAUACUUCACCUGGAAUGGAAAUUUCUACAAGCAAAUUGAGGGCACCCCAAUGGGCUCCCCCCUAUCUCCGGUUGUAGCCAACAUCUUCAUGGAGAAAUUUGAGACUGACGCCAUCCAGACUGCCACUCUACGCCCGACCUUAUGGAAGAGGUACGUAGACGACACUUUUGUCAUCUGGCCACAUGGCAGGCCUACUCUCGACCAAUUUCUCGACCACAUCAA